AUGAGCAGUUUUUGGUCCAAGAAGUCCACAGCAUUCAACCCCAACAAACUGAAGGCGAACCUCCGUAUGGCAAUUACACGGUUACGCAUGCAGCAAAACAAGUUGGUUAACGGAAUAAAAAUUCAACGGCGACAGGUGGCGGAGCUGCUUGCGUUACAGAAAUACGAAUCGGCUCGCGUGAGAGUCGAGCAGGUUUUACGGGACGACGUCAGUAUCGAGGGCUACGAAGUGCUCGCGUUGUUUCUUGACCUCCUGUCCAAUCGUGUGCACCUCAUAACAAACAUUAGCGAUGAAUGUGUGAGUGGAAGCAGUGACAACAGAAAGAAGGGGCUGGCACUGUGCCCACCAGAACUAAAGGAAAGUAUCACAUCGGUGCUUUGGGCUGCAGCUCAACUCGGCAACGUCGUACCAGAGUUGCAGAACGUGAGCAAGUGCUUCGAGGCAAAGUUGGGUGCAGAUUUUGUAGCAAUGAGCGUCAGCAACGCAGAGUUUUCUGUGAACCAGAAAAUUAUCGAGCGUCUAGGCUUUAACACACCAUCGAAUGCGCGCUGUAUUGAGUAUCUCACGAACGUGGCAACAGAAUAUAGCAUUGAGGGAUACGAUGAACAGAGGUUGCUGGACCCAAGCGGAUUAGUUCCAUCAGUAUCCACCACUGAGAAUGUAGGAACCUCAUUAGGUGUUGAUGUGGAUACCACCACAUUAGGAAGCGUGAUUGACCCUACAGGUGUACCUGAGGGCGGUAUAAUAAGGACCCCCUCAGGUUUCUUGCUUCCGGCUCUAACGCAAGCGCGCGAUGAAUUGGAGUGCCGCUUACUUCAGCUUAAACGUGGUUGA